AUGGAGCAACUUCAAGAGAACCAAGUUGUCCUUCAGGAAGAAGUAUCCCAAAUACGGUCCCAAAUGCGGCAGUUGAUGGAGACUAUUCAAGUUGUCGCAAGAGGCCAAGAGGUUAUGGCAAAAAUGCAAGAAGAAAUGAACCAACGUGCCAGUACUACCAAUCCUCCUACCCCUCCAGCGGUCGAGAUUCCGACUCCUGUUCCUCAAGUUGAUCCUCCAAUUUACAUUAUUGCACCCGACGGUGUUCCAAACGACAAUCCUCAUCCUCAUAUUUUUGAGACAGACGACCAACUCGAUGCAUUCUUCAACUCAAGGGAUGCUUCUCAGGAUGACGCCUUCGGUUCGGCAACCAACAAGGUGGAGAGGAAGGUAAAGGCUAUCGAGGAAAAGCUCAAGGCAAUGGGGAGCACUUAUGUUUUGGGCCUUGAUGCGGCAGAAAUGUGCUUAGUACCUGGGGUCAUCAUUCCGACCAAGUUCAAAGUUCCGAACUUUGAAAAAUAUAAGGGAAAUAGCGACCCUAGAACGCACAUUAGGGCAUACUGCCGAAAGAUGGCUGCCUAUUCCAGCGAUGAUCAACUUUUAAUGCAUUUUUUCCAGGAUUCCAUCAGUGGGGCAUCUUUGGAUUGGUACAUGCAACUUGAGGGCAACCAUAUUCGCACCUGGAGGGAAAUGGACGAGGCAUUCCUCAAGCACUAUCAGUACAACACUGAUAUGGCACCUAAUUGCACGCAGUUGCAAAAUCUGACUCAGAGGUCUGAGGAGUCCUUCAAAGAGUAUGCCCAGCGGUGGAGGGAAUUAGCUUCUAGGGUACAACCCCCAUUUCUAGAAAGAGAACUGGUAGACAUGUUUAUGGGGAACCUGCAAGGUCCAUACCUUGAUAGAAUGGUAGGGAGCACCUCUUCGGGCUUUUCCGACCUGGUCUUAGCCGGUGAAAGGAUAGAAAAUAUGAUUAAAAUGGGAAAGAUCCAGAACUCUGCCAGUACUUCUAGUGCAUCGAAGAAACCUUUUGUUCCCUACGGUAAAAAACGAGAAGGCGAGACCAAUGCUGCCUCCAUCAUUCGAACAAGAAAUCCCACUUAUCCACAAGUAGCUACCAUAGCUCCCGUCCAACCGAGUCAACAACAACCAUUUGCAAUUCCUAUUCAUACUCAACAACAACAAUGGUAUCCACAACAACCGCAACGUCAACAACCACAAUAUCAACAACAACAACAAAGGAUGCGAAGGCCCGAGAGAAGAUUUGACACAGUUCCCAUGCCUUAUAGCCACAUUCUACCAUAUUUAUUAAGGGGAUCACUUGUACAACUAAAGGAGUUAGGACCCUCACCAGCGGUUCUUUCUUCCGGUUAUGAUGCAAAUGCUCGCUGUGAAUUUCAUUAUGGCGCUCCUGGGCAUUCGAUCGAGAUUUGUAAAGCAUUAAAGUACAAGGUUCAAGAUCUUAUUGAUUCUAAGGCAAUCACGUUCGCCCCCAAGGGGCCGAAUGUAAAUAAUAACCCAAUGCCCCCUCACAACAAUGCAUCAGUGAAUAUGAUGGAAGCUGACAAUGGAAGGAGAUUGAUGUCCUGUGUGGACGAGUUAAAAACACCACUCAUCGAGAUCAAGAAUGCUUUAAUGAAGGAUAAUGCAUUUCCCAUCUGUAGUAAUGACUGUGAACACUGUCUGAUUAACCCGCAACAAUGUAGAACAUUGAAGUCUGUCAUACAACAAUUAAUGGACCAAGGGAUCUUGGUGGUAGACUUCCCGUCCACAAAGGAAGAUGUGUCUACCCUCGAGAUACCAUACGACGAAGUCCCUCCUCUGCAAAUUCCAUACGACUUCUCUCAGUCAACUCUGUCGACAAAUCCUGUUACUCCAAUCAUAACAACAGUUCCCACACCAUUCCCAUAUGUUGACACCAAGGCAGUCCCAUGGAUGUAUGACACCUCAGUCUACAUUCAUGGUCAGAAAAUUCAAGAAGAACCGUUAAAGUCUAGUGAUCCAAUGAUCAAUAUCACCGGCACUAGCGGAAUCACGAGAAGUGGAAGGAUAUUUGCGUCGACACCCACUCCAAUUGGAACUAUCAAUCCUUCAACUUCAGACAAAGGCAAACAAAUUGAUGGCGCUCAGCAAAGACAAGACCCCGCACCUUCCAAUGAAGUAGACGAGUUCUUACGCAUUAUCAAGAAGAGCGAUUAUCGAGUAGUUGAUCAGCUUAACCAGAUACCCUCAAAGAUCUCAAUGUUGUCUUUAUUAAUGUGCUCGGAGGCCCAUAUGGAUGCUUUGGUAAAAUUUAUGAGGACAACUCACGUACCGCAAGAGAUAUCUAUUUGUCAGUUUGAAGGAGUAGUUAACAAUAUCGCUACUAGCUUAAGCUUGGGUUUCAGUGAUGAAGAGCUUCUCGCCGAGGGGAGGAAUAAUAACAAGGCUCUCCAUAUUUCUAUUUAG